AUGCCAGACCUACUCGGUGUGGAACCUGGCUGGCUUGCUUGACUUCGUGAACAGCAAGUCAUCCAAACCAACCAAUCUGCAAUCUUUCUCAAACGAUUUUAAAGAAACAAUUCGGUAAUAAACUCUCAUUCUCACACACCUUGUAGUUUAAUGAAUCAGCUUCAUGAUGAACUGCCUAUCAUUUCGUUAAUGGCCCUAGUUAUUGUUAGUUAUUUCUGUAGUGGGUAAACUACAGCAAGAAAUUCUUAGUUUGCAGUGAAAAAUAGGUUUUGCUAUGAAUUUGUGUUUGAUGCAUGUUAGGUUACAUGUUUUGGUGUGUGUUAAAUGUAGAUAAUAUAUUGAGUUAUUCUUUAAACUUGGAAGGAUGUGGAUGACUGUUUUCAGUCUUUAGAAAAUGGAAUGUAUGUAAAGUGUGCUCUCACGAACUCAUGAGUCAGUGAAAAAGCUAGAAUGAAAUAUUCAUAAAUUCCUCAUAUCUCAUAAAUGGUUUGAGAUACUGAAAUAGGAUUUUGGCAAAUGAUAGCACACAAGGACAAGACUGUUUUGCUGUAUGAUUAAAAUGCGCAACUUCCACAUCUACCAUGAUAUUCAACCAACUACAGAUUUUUUCAAUCAAAUAAUGUAAUUAUUUAGAGCCAUCAAUACUGGUGAAAUGAGAGCAUCUGUGGGGUUUGUAGCAAUGUAAAUGAAGAAGUUGUAAGGUUAUUUUUAUAAGAUGAGGCACGGGAGAUUUGCCUUAUAUUUCCAGUCUCCCACCACAUCAGAAAGUCCCACUGUCUGGCCACAUAGGAGCAUUCCUCUUGUAACUCAGUACCACCCAGGCCUGGAGCAACUGCAUUACACCGAGCGAGGUGGCGCAGUGGUUAGACACUGGACUCGCAUUCGGUAGGACGACGGUUCAAUCCCGCGUCCGGCCAUUCUGAUUAAAUUUUCCGUGAUUUCCCUAAAUCGCUCCAGGCAAAUGCCGGGAUGGUUCUUCCCUAAUCCGAUGAGACCGAUGACCUCGCUGUCUGGUCUCCUUCCCCAAACCAACCAACCAACUGCAUUACAUUCUCCACCAGGGUUUCGACUACCUCUUGUCGUGCCCUGAAAUGAGGAAGGACCUCAUGGCUGAUACCUCUGCAAUAGACCUAGAUGCAAGACUUGUCCUAUACAUCGUCCCAUCACAACCUACUUCAGUCUGGUCACAAACAUCACCUAUCCCAUCAAAAGCAGGGCUACUUUCGAAAUAAGUCAUGUGAUCUACUAUUUAAAUUGCAACCACUGUGCUGCAUUCUAUGUAGGCAUGACAACCGACAAGCUGUCUGUCCGCAUGAAUGGCCACUGACAAACUGUAGCCAAGAAACAAGUGGACCACCUUAUUGCUGAGCACACAGCCAAACAUGACAUCCUUCAUUUCAAUGGCUGCUUCACAGCCUGUGCCAUAUCGAUCCUUCUAACCAACACCAGCUUUUCAGGAAUUGCGCAGGUGGAAAUAUCCUACAUGCCUUUAACCCUCCUGACCUCGACCUUCAUUAGUCAUUGUCCUCUCUCAUCCAACCCCUUCUCUGUUCCCAUUCCAGCACUACACAGCCCUUAUUCCUCCAUUGCACUCAGUCUUUUUACUUCUCUCCUUUCCUGUAUCCCCCCACCUCCCGGCUUCACAUAUCUGCCCUACCCUCUUUCCACCUCAUCCCCUGUGCCCUCUCAAACAGCCUGUCACUGUCCGCCAUCCCACCCACUAUCCCUCCACCAUCCCAUCCCAGCCUCCUCCUUACCCCAACCAGUCGCCACUCCCAUUACGCACUAGUGCUGCUGCUUGCAGUGUGGCCUCCCUGAGACUGCGCAGUCAUGUGUCUGUGAGUUGUGUUUGCAUGAGUGUGUUCGUGUGUGUUUGUCAUGUAACUUUGACAAAGGCCUUACUGGUUGAAAGCUAUAUUUGUGACAGUCUUUUUGUUGUGCCUAUCUAUGACUCAGCAUCUCUGCUAUAUGACUCAAAAUAUAAUUUUACAUCAGUGAAUUCUAAACAAAGAAAUUUGGGCGAGUGUUUUGUAAAAAUGGCAGACACAAUCACAGAACUUGCAUACAAGAAGCUGUAUGUCAAAUUCCCCCAAAGGGUUCCAUCAGAGGAAAAAGUGAAGGCGCUGAGUCCACACAUUGUCCGUGUGUCUUAUCCCAGGCAAAAGAGUGCAAGGUUUUGUCAUAUAGUAUUGGAGAGCCAAUCUGUUGUUCCAGAAGUUCUGAAACAGUUGAACAAAAAAGAAUAUAAGAAUGGACAUCUCAGCGUGGAGCUGCCAAGAAAACUGAAAUAUAUAAAAAAUGAACAAAAACCUCCUAUUCAAGAAAAAAGUAAGACCUUAAAAGAGAACAAAAUUGGAAAUAAACACAAAGCAAAAAAUAAACUAUCCAUUGAUGAUAAUAGCAUUGUGCCUCAAACAGAAGUUGAAAGCUCACGCAUUACAGCUGGCAAACAUGUGAGGAGAAGAAGUGGGAAACCUGCAGCUGGUGGUGGCAAUGACCGAAGACUAUGGAUAAAGAAGUUGCCAUUUAAAACAGAAGACAAGGACCUUAUAGCUACUUUUCCUGGAUGCAUUUGGGCUAAGGUGUACAGAAGCAAAGCUUCAAAAUCCAGCCGUGCUAUAUGCAAGUUCACUACAGCACAGCAAGCUGCUGCUGUUGUAGCAGAUCCCAGUAAACACAAGUUCAAAGGAAAAGAGGUGGUUGUUGAAUUAGCUAAAAGUCAACAGCUAAGGGGAAGUGGGAUGAAGAAGAAGUAUGGACUGAAGAAUGAAAAUUCUGUAAUGAACAUAGUGGGAGAAACUCUUAAAACAGAAUCAAAAGUAGAAAGCGAAACUGACACUGAAUUGAAGGAAAAUGAAAAUAAUGGUGAUGAAUCUAUGGACACUGAUGAUGAUGAUGAUGAUGAUGAUGAUGAUGAUGAUGAUGAUGAUGAUGAGAGUGACGACGACGACGAUGGUGGUGAUACGUUGGAGAGUGGUGAUUCCACUGGUGAUCUUGAUGUAAAUAGCUCUGAGAAUGAUGAUUAAAAUAAAUAGAUAAUUUGCUGUGCAUUA